AUGCCAAAACAAAGAGGCUUUCGACCCCAGGGGUUAAUAGCCCCUAUACAGAGGGUAAAAUACACAGGGCCAACGAUACAAGACAAAAUAAACAGAGAUAGCAGACCAACAUGGGAUGAUUUGAAAGACAGAAUUAAGAACCAAGAAGGAAAUAAAAUAUUGGAAGAAUAUGAAAAUGCAAGAUAUGUAGAAGAACUAAAUAGGAACAGAGAGGAGAAAAUAAAGGAACAGGAAAAGAGAUAUAUAAAAAAAUUAAAAAAGGAGUAUAAAAAUAAAUAUAAAAGUAAAAGUGAUACUUGUAGUAGUAAUGAAGAUAGUGAUGAAAUUUCAUCAGUUGAUGACUCGAAAAAAAGGAAAACACGCUUGAGAGAGAGAGAGAAAAAAAAAAAAAAACAUUGUAAGCACAAGAGUAAGAAUAAACAUAAAGAUGCCCGUUCUGAUAGCGAAGACAUUCUUACAAGUGACUCAUCUUCUAGCCAUACAAAAAAAAAAAAGAAAAAGAAAAGAAAAUGUUCCAUAUCUAGGUCCAGUUCGAGUGACUCAGAUGACCGACCGCGCAAAAAGAGGGAAAAAAGUGAUGAUAUAAACCCCUAUAAGUUAUCAUAUUUCUUUAAAAUGAAAUGA